AUGACAUCCACAACGAUCGCAACAGCUGUCCCGUCAGCGUCAGCGCUGGUGGCGCCCUCUACCGUAGCACCGUGUCGAUCAUCCACCGGUGUGGCCACACUUCGCAGUGUUGAACCUGUACCAAACGCCGGUGCAGACCCAGCCAACGGUGGUAACCGUUCUGUGCGCAGAAAAAAGGAGUGCCUAGCCGAAGCAGGUCGUACCACAUCUCUGAAGACUCUAUCGUGCGAUUUGAGUGAAAUUUUGGUGAAAAAUCUUAGCCUUAAGCGUAGUGAAACGUCCGAGCGACGUCCACAAACCGACACGCUCGAAGAACUGUUGACAGCUUCGGGUCCGGGUGUCCCUGCCGGAAGUGGCAUCCCCGAUAGUGGUGGCGCUAGUGGUAGUGCUUCUAGUAGUGGAAAUCCGUACGGUAGCCGUACACAGGGCACGCUUUGUGACACGUUCACAUCGGUGAACAAGUUCAUUCGUUUGAAGCGCGUUUCAAGCGACGGUAGCAAUCUAAGCCGGCUGUCAUCGGUGGUUGCCAUAGCGACGACGACAGGGACGACGUCAGGUAACGCCACCACCGGCGUGACAGCGAACUACAGCAAGAUCGUGGACCCGGUUGUGCCCGGAAAACCACCACCCAACAGCACGUUCAAACGGGUGGAAAUUAGUGUGUGCGAGAGAAAACCCAGCAGCAACAGUAGCUGCGUUGGAUUGGCCGAUGCGCGAUCGGUUAGUGAGUCCGAGUCGGAAAGUGGUGAAGAAAGCGGUUCUGAGCAACUGACGUCCGUAGUUCGCAAAGGUGUGAUAGUGAACCAGCUCGAUCAGGUGGACGAGAACUGUCCGUUGCUGGCGUUAGAUGGGGAUGGUCGUCCACCAACGAUAGCGUUGCACAAGAAGAAAGCGACCCUGGUGUUUACCAGGAAAAAGGAUCCUGCGGUGGUGAAUACGACGACACACGUCCCCACGGAGUCGCUGUCAUUGUCUGGAACGUCGUGUACCGGCGCUCCCAAGGUACUACUGCGUCGACGCGUGCGUCUCAGUGGCGAUUGGUUGGGAAAGGGAACGGAUAACGGUGGCGUGAAGGGAGAACUGAAACGACGCAGUCUACAGUGGCCGAUUGGGACGCAACCGAGCGGCAGUGGUAGCAGAACGGCUGAGCUGAGAGACGAAACCGACGGCCCGUGGUCGGGCGGGACCAGCAGGGACUCGACGAGCAAGUUCCGUCAUUCCUGGAACGCACCAGGAUACGACAUCCUUGAGGAGGACACCGGGACCGGAGGUGGGCGUGGUGGAGAUUUGGGAAAGGAUUUUGCCUCAAUCAUUCACAACCUGGCUGGCCUAAGGAACCACCACCUCGCGAAUGGGACACAUGAGUCCGUGUCCCUGCUGGAGCAGCACUCGCCCCAGAUUGUGCCGUCGCGGGCUGCACGACCUACCUCACUUGGGGGUUCUGGGCAGGGGCUCCGGCGGGGUCCGGCGAGCUGGAUGCAGUCGUCCCCGAUGGUGCCCACGAGUGGGGUCAGCGCAGGGGCUGGAGGGGGUGGUGGCGGUGGUGGUGGAGGAGUUGGCAUCGGGAACACCGAAAGUAGUCCGCAUGCCGGAGCAUUAAGUGGGCCGGUUCCACGCAAACGCCGGAUCGAAGCAUUCCUCAAGAACCUCGUCGGUCGACGACCCUCGAAGGAACCACCUCCUGCUCCACCACCACCGUUGCCCCCACCACUCCUCAGCUCACCCGAGAUCAAGAUCAGCAAAAGCCCGUCCGAGCACAAUCUGGCCGAGAUCACGCGCAGUCGACUAAACAUCUCGACCACCUCGCUGUCCUCCGUGCAGCAGAAGUUGUGGUCGGUUGUUCCGCUUCUGAAGCGUGACGUUAGCUGUAAUAGUCUCGCGUCCCCAAAGACGACACCACUACUGCUGGACAGUCAGUUGGCAUCGUCGGGAGGUGGUCCCGGUGGUCUAGUACCAGCAUGUGGUGCAGGAUUGAAGGGACCCGGUGGUCCUGGUGGGCUGCGAAAAUGUGAAACCGUCCUGGCGCUGUCAUCGGCGGCCUCCCAAACUCUGGAACCUAUUCGACCGCUAAACCGGCUCCGCAACUGCGCCUCCGUUGCAACCUGCUCCCGUUGCUCUAGUCUUCUCUCGUUGGCCGCGGCCGGUUCGCGUUAUUCACUGAACGCUUCCAACGGGGCGUUUGUGCCCGUAUCCGGAUCGAACGAUGCCAACGAGCUGGCCGAUGUGCCCAAGUCCAAGAGAUCCCACGCUGAUGGUGGAAGCUCAAAGCGCAAACAUGUCGGCAACUUGCUACGCUUGACCACGAACAGCUGCUCCUCAUCCAGCUCGUCCUCCGGUGCGUCAUCACCCUGCUCGUCGUCAACACCGUCCUCGUCCUCAUCAGGAUCUUCAUCCCCUGGUGCGAUCUCGGCCACAGGCAGCCCAGCCGCAGCAUCCCUGUCCGCGAAAACCGUUAUGUUUCACCCUAGUCCCACACCACUGGUACCGGUUUCGCCGAUCAACCUCUCCGCUACGACGACGACGACGACGACGACUGCGAUGACGACAACGACUGUGAAGGCCUUAACGCCAACGAUUAAGUUCACCUGCAAACUGUGCCUUGGCGAGUUCAGUGCCGAGAACCUGACUCGAAUCACGCAGUGUGCUUGCUCGUUCUGCACUGAGUGCAUGACGGCCUACAUCGAGUUCGAAAUUUCCGAGGGUGCUUACGAGGUGUCCUGCCCGGAUGCCAUGUGUCCAGCGCAGGGAAUCAUAACGAUCGCGGAAAUAACGGCCCUAGCUUCGUCCUCGCUGGUGGAAAAACACCACCGUUAUCGACUGAAUAGAGAGGUAGAACUGGACCGGUUCCGCACCUGGUGCCCAAAGGCGGGCUGUGAAACGAUCUGCCUCGUCGGUUCGUCGGAACAACAACCGGGUCAAGCAGGCCAAAACCAGGCGAGUGGUGCGAACGUUUGUUCCGACCGGAUCGUGCCCCUCUCACCAUCGUCCUCCAGCAUGCCAUCGCCAUGCGCCGUGCAUUGUCCCACAUGUCGCGAAGACUUCUGUUCCGGCUGCAAGAAGGCGUGGCACCCGACGAUGUCGUGUGAAGAAAACUCCCGUCGCCUGGCAGAGGACGGCCAGUCGGACGCACUCGGCAUCCCGUUCGACAAUGAUCUCAUCAAGUGCUGCCCGAUGUGCACCGUACCGAUCGAGAAGGACGAAGGCUGCGCGCAGAUGAUGUGCAAACGCUGCAAGCACGUCUUCUGCUGGUACUGCUUGGCCAGUUUGGACGACGAUUUCCUCCUGCGGCACUACGACAAGGGACCGUGCAAGAACAAGCUCGGACAUUCGCGGGCCUCGGUCGUGUGGCACCGGGCGCAAGUGAUCGGAAUCUUCGCCGGCUUUGGUAUCCUGCUGCUUGUCGCCUCACCACUGCUGCUGCUAGCUGCUCCGUGCAUCGUUUGCUGCAAGUGCCGCAUCUGCAGCGGAGCCGCCAAGCUCGAGGAAACCGAGGUGGACUACGAUGAUGCAGCCGUCGCCCUGCACAGUGGUGGCCUGCAGCGAUAAACCGGUGUGGCGGAGUUUCCGUGCGUGUGGUUUCCGUUUUUGCGCUUCCGAAGGGCUAGAGGAGGUUUGCCCGCAAAAGAUCGUAGGAUAGGAGAAUGAAGAUUAGUUAGGAGCUUCGCAUACGGGUUACUUGUUCAGAACACGCGUGAUAAGGGCUUGUGUACGAAUCGAUAGAGCGCGAUCGCUCACAGUAUUCCGUUGAAAGCGGACGGUAAAGAGUCACACCAAAGGCAACGGCUUCUUUGGACGAUCAUUCCAGAACGGGAAGCACCACCCGAUCGUUUGUGGCCAACGGCCAACCGUGCACGUGUUUUUUGAGUAUUCCUUACUUUCUUUUUGCUGCAAAAUGCGAGAGUCAUUGCGUACAGACGGACGCACGGUGUGUAGCUAUCCGUAUGUCUAAACAUAUUCGUUUUGUUUUCUUCAAGCAGAGCUCCAUCAAUUCAGUGAUGGCGAGAAUAUAACAGAAAAUCUACAUAUAUAUUAUAUAUAUACAUACAUAUAUCUAUAUACAAAGAAACAAAAAUACCCACACAAACACACGCAUGAAUAAAGGCGCAAGCGUAGGCAUAGGCAGGUAAUGUAAGAGAAUAAAUGAAUUGUGAUAUUUACAAAACGUGAUUGAUUGCAAUUGGCGGUUUGUAGGUGGCGCGAUAAGUGCACCACCUGGCGAUUGAGAGGCGUCCAAAUGGAGUGCUCUCCCCGCUGUUCAGUAAAAGCUUCACAGCGCUGUACUUAUGUUUCGUGUGCGUAAAAAAAUCGUAAACCUUGUACCCACAAACUCCCCAGAAUGUUGCGUGUUUGUUUGGACGUGAAUGCAUAUGCAAAAGAGAAAACGUUGCCACCGGAGAUCGGUGUACCAUGCCGAUGCUGCAACCGUUAUCGUAAGCCAAUCCGUUGUAGUUAAAUUAUUCAAUUUUACGCAUUAGAACACGUACGGUGUAAGAAGAGAUGUAAACUAAAACACACACACAAGAAAUGUGUACAAACAGCGAGGAAUUGUUGUAACGCUCUCCCCCUAUUCUUCCUUUCGUACUUAUCGUAUAUGCAAACGUUGUGUUAGGGUGAAGCGCGCGAAUACGGAUCAAGCUCAACGGGAACGUACGGAGGAUCCGCAAUUCCUUGGCGGCGUCGCCAGCCACAGUUAAAAGGAGCUUUACGCGAGCGUUCUCACGUGCGGUAAUACAUACCUAUCUAGUUGUAGCGCAGCAGCAUAGGGAAAGAGAUAGGGCCAGCGAGAACCAGUUAGGGAACGGGAAUGGCGGAGCACGGAAAACAUUCUAUCGAACGAUCUGGUGAUAAUUUUUAAUUUUAUUUUAGUCGACGAAAUUCAAAUCUAACUGUCAAUAAACUGUACUCAAA